UUCUGAGAAAGAGGCCGGAAGAGAGAGAGAGAGAGAGAGGGAGAGAGGGAGAGAGAAACUCUAAACUUGAAACUUGUGGAAAGUGCAUAGAUUUUAAAAAUCGAGGGAGUUAGUUUUUAAAAAUCGAGGAGACGUUACAUUCUUUUAUCGGCCCGCGUUCGGGGAUCUUUUAGUGUUUUUAGUUGAACAGAAAAUGAGGCUUUUUGAAGCACGGGUUCGGAUUUAAACAGGAAACCAGCCGCGCUGGAACAGUGAUUGACAGCGAGAGACCCCGCCCCCUCCCCUCACCCCCUCCCUUAGCAACAUGGACAGUGAAGAUGAGGCUCGCGCCAAUCCAGCAAUGAACAUCAUUGGAGCUGAAGAUGAAUACUUUGAGAAUGACAUCGACCCGUCAGUGGAUGACCAGUGCAGUCACUUCCAGAGCAUCGAGCUGCUGAAGGAGAGACCCACACAUCUACUGGUGUUCCUGCAGCACGUCAUCCUGCAGUUCGACUGCGCGCCGCUGCUCUGCUACCUCCACGCAGAUCUCUUUAGGAAUCUCAGCAACAAGGAAGCCAGGAAACACUUUGUGGAUUUCUACCAUAACUUCCUCGACAAGGGAGCCGUUUUAAGAGUCCAGAUCCCUCUCAAUGUCGCAUUUGAACUGGAUCGUACUCGUCCCGAGUUGUUCUCGGAGGAACAGCAGAAGAAGUUUGUGCGAGAGGUUCAGACGCUGCAGGCUCAGGAGCUGCUGGUGCAGCUGGAUGACUUCAGGCAGAAGAGGAUGAUGGGAAUGACUCCCUGUGAGCUGGAGCUGUCGGAGUUGGAGUCGAUCCGGUCAUGUGACCGCGCCACGCAGGAGGCCAGAGAGCGCGCCAUCGCUGAGCAGCUACUGGAGAAACUGGGAGAGAUCCAACCCUCGAUCAGUAAUGAUGAAGACAAGGGAAAAAUCCAAAGCUCUAACUCAUCGAUGUUCAGCGCUGUGGUUUCCUACAUGAAACACCUGGGAGUGAAGAGCAAGUCCACAGACAGCAAGAAAUCAAGAGGCUUCUUCCGGAAGAAGAUCCCUGGGAUGAAGAAGUUCGACGAUCAUUCCAAAGGGAGCAACAAGCGCUUUCCCAGCCUCCUGGCUGACACGGCGCGCUGGAUAGGGGGCAGCAAUGUUGAAAACAGAGCUUGUAAAGUAGAGACUGAAGGUGAAAAGGACCGACCGAACUCCGAGCGCAAGAACUCUGCCGGGCUACCCGCCAAACAGGACAGCAGCCAGAGAGGCGGGGGCAAGCCCGUGGGGGGGGCGGAGACUGCUGAGGUGUCGACUGUGACGAUCAGCAUCACCUCCAGUGGAGACAGCAACCAGGGGGACACAGCUCAGGGAAGUGUUCGCCCCGAUGGUUCGGGAGACCCCUCUGACCAGGGGGGGAAAGGAGGAGCUGUCUGGGACCCCCCCGCCCCUAACGAGACCCCCCCGGAGGAGGGGGUGCUGGAGAGCGAGAGAAAGAGAAAGAGACACGGUGUGCGUCUGGGUCGCUCAGAGAGCCUGUGUGCGCCGGAGCGACGGCGUUCUCAGAAGGGAUCCUCCCAGAAGGGCAAGCAGCCGAGAUCCCGGAGCGACGUGGACCUGCAGGCAGCCAGCAAAGCCAACAGCCUCCAGAGAGCUGGCAGCACCUCGCAGCCAGCCACCCCCGAGCCGGGGGGGGGUGAGCCCCCGCAGCCCUUUCUGCUUGCCCAGUCUGAGGAGGCUGAGCCGCGUGUUUCGGAGCUGGACCUCGACCCGCCUAACUGGCGCGAGCAGGCCCCCCCCGAGCACCUCCUCGGACUGAAGAAAACAGAGGUCAAGCGGCAGGAGGUCAUCAACGAGCUGUUCAUCACGGAGCACGCUCACGUUCGCAUGCUCAAUGUCUUGCACACCGUGUUCUACGUGCCGCUGGAGAGAGAGAAGAUCAUGAGCCUGGAUGAGCUGGCUGCCACCUUCCCAGGGCUGGAAGACAUCAUUGAAGUGCACAACUCGUUCUACGAAAGCUUGAAGAAGCUGAGGCAGGAGAGCAAUUACAUUGUGAUGCACAUCGGAGACACUCUGCUCAGCAGGUUCGAUGGCUCAGAGGGAGAGUGGUUUCAGAAGCUCUCCUCGCGGUUCUCCAGUCACCAGUCCUACGCUCUCGACUUCAUCAAAGCCCGGCAGAAGAAAGACUCCAAGUUCAACAGCUUCAUUCUGGAGGCCGAGAGCAAUGCUCAGUGUCGCCGCUUGCAGCUCAAAGACAUCAUCCCCAUCGAGAUGCAGAGACUGACCAAGUACCCUCUGCUGCUGGAAAACAUUGCCAAGUGCACAGACGAGCCACAGGAGAAGUCGAAGAUCCAGCAGGCUGCGGAGUGCUGUCGCAAGAUCCUGAAUCGUGUGAACCAGACUGUGAGAGAGAUGGAGAACCUGCUGCGUCUGAAUGAUUACCAGCGCCGUCUGGACCUGUCAAAUCUCAAGCAGAGCAACGACCCGCUGCUGGCAGAGUUCAAGAACGUGGACCUGACGCAAAGACACAUGAUCCAUGAGGGGGCGCUCACCUGGAGAGUCACCAAGGAAAAGUCAGUUGACGUGCAGGUCCUGCUGCUCACUGAUAUCCUGGUCUUGCUGCAGAAGCAGGAUGAUAAGAUGGUUCUGAAGUGCCAGAGUAAGAGUGGCUCAGUGGCGCAGGACGGGAAGCAGGUGCUGAGCCCCAUCAUCAAGCUGAACUCGGUGUUCUGCCGCGAGGUCGCCACGGAUCGCAAGGCGUUCUAUGUGAUCUUCACCUGGGAUUGCGGAGCUCAGAUCUAUGAGCUGGUGGCACAGACGGUGUCGGAGCGCAAGAACUGGGGGGAGCUCAUUAAGAAUACAGUGGAGGAUUUGAAGAGGUCUGGACUGAGCGUCCCUCAAGACAAGAAAGUGCCCAGGCCAGUGGUCCUGCCCACCAGCCCCUCAUACACCAGCCCUCGCUCUCCCCUCAGCCUCUCGGAGAAUGGGGGCUCCGUCAAAGACCCCGAGGGACCCCUACAUCAUUCAGACAAGGAGAAGGACUCUCUCUCUGAGAAGGCGGGGAAUGCAGCCCAUUUGCUGGUGGAUUUCCUCACAGCCAAUGGCAUCGACCCGUACGGCAUGAGCCACGCCCCCCAGGAGAAGGUGGCCAAUGAGGCGCUGCAGGAAGUGCUCUUGUUGAAGAGGAUGCUGGUGGGCAGUAUCUGCCUCUCAGAGGAAGUGGCGCUCCCCCCAGAGGGUACCCAGCAUGCACCCAGCCCGGAGGAUGAAGGGAGCGAGGGGAGGGGUGAAGAGGAGGAGCCUGCAGAGAAUGGGAGGAGAGAGGAGGAGCGUGGGAGCAGUCAGUCAGCAGGGGGAGCCCCAGCCGACAGUGAGCCCGGUGGAGGGGAAGGGGAGGAGUCUAUCAGCACCCCUCUCAUCCUGUCACAUGACCAGGCGCAGGAAGUGGGGCGGCGCAUGGAGAGUCUGGAGCGGCAGAUCCAACAGCUCAAGAUUAUUGAGGAGGAGUAUCACAGAUUGCAGGACGGUCUCUCCAAGUUCGCCAUGUCCCAGCACAGCUACUGAGGAGCAAGAACCAGGGAGAGGUUGAAGAGAGAGAGGCAUGGGUGAUUGAUUAGCAGUGCCUGGACGCACACACUGAGCUUCCCCAGCCCCCUCACACUCAAUCCGUUUCUCUGUGCUCAACUCUGCUGCCUUGAAUUGAAGUGCUGCCUUGGUGUCUGAUGGUCGCAAACAGCGAGAGAAGAAAGACAAAGAGAGGAGAGGAAGAGAGAGAACGAGUGAGAGAGCGACAGAAAGGAGAGGGAGAACGGGAGAGAAUGAUUUUAAUGAGGAAGGAGAAAGGAGCUGAAGAGAAGGGAUUUUAAAGCAAUUAAAGAGAAAAUGCGUGCUUGAAUGUGGGUGUGUGAGGGACUUGUGCGUCUGUGUGAGUGUGCAAACACUGUGAGCUUGGACACUGUGUGCGUGUGUGAAUUUCUUCCACUUGUUUAUAACCUGUGUGUGUGUGUGUGUGUGUGUGAGAGAGAGAGAGAGAGAGAGAGACAGGGCGGGAGAUUUCAAAGCCAAAGUUUCACCUGUUACAACGAAGGGAAGGGAUUUUGUUUUCUGAAAAGGGAAAACCAGAUUUGAGGCCAAAAAAAAUGAGCUUGCACAAAACCCCUCCCCUUUCCAUUAUAACCCCUCCCAUCUCCAGUAUAACCCCACCCCUUCCCGUUAUAGCCCCUCCCCUUUCCAUUAUAACCCCUCCCCUUUCCAAUAUAACCCCUCCCUUCCCGUUAUAGCCCUUCCCAUUCCAUUAUAAAACUCUCCAAUUUCCAUUAUAACCCCUCCCCUUUCCAUUAUAACCCCUCCCCCUUCCAUUAUAACCCCCCUUUCCAUUAUAACCCCGCCCCUUCCCGUUAUAGCCCCUCCCCAUUCCAUUAUAAUACCCUCCCCUUUCCAUUAUAACUCCUCCCCUUUCCACUAUAACCCCCUCCCAUUUCCAGUAUAACCCCACCCCUUCUUGUCGUAGCCCCUCCUCAUUCCAUUCUAAUACCCUCCCCUUUGCAUUAUAACCCCCUUCCCAUUCCUAAACUAAAGAAUCCCCUGGUUAUGUAAAUACAGUAUUUUUGCUGAAACUCAUUUUCCCUCGAGAUGUUUAUUAUCACAAGCUCCACCCCUUCUCAGUUAGCCCCUCCCUCCCCUGUCUCUGGACUCUAGACUAUGCAACGUGUGACGAUUCCAAACCAUUGUGCCUUAACUGUUAACUGUUAGAUUUAGAAUAAACUCGUUCCUUGCUGUCUCCUCCAGCUUGUGUUAUCCCGAGAAAAACAAGAUCCACAAACGCUGGUCUGCUUGACUCAGUUUAGUUUCAAUAACACUGAUGAAGGCACUAGAGCCCAAACGCUGGUCUGCUUGACUCAGUUUAGUUUCAAUAACACUGAUGAAGGCACUAGAGCCCAAACGCUGGUCUGCUUGACUCGGUCUCUUCUAGUUUCAAUCACACUGAUGAAGGCACUAGAGCCCAAACGCUGGUCUGCUUGACUCGGUCUCUUCUAGUUUCAAUCACACUGAUGAAGGCACUAGAGCCCAAACGCUGGUCUGCUUGACUCGGUCUCUUCUAGUUUCAAUCACACUGAUGAAGGCACUAGAGCCCAAACGCUGGUCUGCUUGACUCGGUCUCUUCUAGUUUCAAUAACCCUGAUGAAGGCACUAGAGCCCAAACGCUGGUCUGCUUGACUCGGUCUCUUCUAGUUUCAAUCACACUGAUGAAGGCACUAGAGCCCAAACGCUGGUCUGCUUGACUGGGAGUCUUCUAGUUUCAAUAACACUGAUGAAGGCACUAGAGCCCAAACGCUGGUCUGCUUGACUCAGUUUAGUUUCAAUAACGCUGAUGAAGGCACUGGUUGAAGCAUUCACCUUCUGGCCAAACACCCUUGCUAAUGAAAACCCUUUUAAUUACACACUUUGAAAGAUCUUUUAUAUUCCAAAAAAGGGAAACUGAAAAAAAAACAACACAGAGCACAGGAAGGAAGGAAGGAAGGAGAUUCUAAAUAAACGAGACGGGACGGUCUGUUCUGAUUUGAGUUUUUCUCGGGUUCAUUCAUUAUUUCUUUAGCUGUUUUUCCUGCGAUUGCCGUUUCUGUUCUCGUCGGUUUUAAGGGUGGAAUUAGCACAGAAGGUUGAGAGGAAGUGAGUGAGAAAGAGGCUGCAGAAUGUCUAGGAGGAAAGUCUGUUAUUGUCCUGUCAGACAUGCUGGAUAUAUAGAGAACUGGGUUGACUUUUGUAUUUGAAUUUGCUGUUAUUUUUGAUGUACCUUCUUUGUUACUGUAUUGAAGUGCCUGCGCAGUGUUGGGGGGGUGUGUGAGGAGGGGGAAGGGGGUCCAUACAUUUCCCAAAGUCCAGGACUUUCUCACACACACGCACACAUUUCUUCUCCACUUUGUCACUUUCUACUUUUUUGACAUUUUAUUCCCCUCCUCUCCUCGUUUUCUCUCGCUCUCUCUCAAAUUAAAAAGUCAUUCAUUUAUUGUGAAGUCACAAGUAUUGCCAAAAUGAAUGCCUCCCCCCUUCUCUCUCUCUCUCUCUCUCUCUCUCGCCUUUCUGUCUCAGAAUUCACAACGCAUGCGUGUAUUGACGAGUCACACACGUACUGAAUUGCCAAAAUAAAAAAUAAAAAAAAAUUGUAAUAACACAGCAGAUUUAUUUAGAAGCCUCUAUUGUGCUGUACCAAUAAGGAGGGCAUAGACUGCAAUAGAAUGAACGGUCUGCUCUGUGUCACACACGCACACGCACACACACACACUUUCUUCCAGCACCUAUCCUCAGCAGUUGCCUGCUUUUGGGCUCUGAUCUUUUCCCCCUUCACAUCCCCAAACCCACUCACCUCUCUGCAGUGGCAACUCCAGAUAUUUCAAAUAGAAAAAAAUAUAUAUAUAUAUAUUAUUCAUAGUGCUUCUGAAGCCUUUUAUUGGUUCUGUUUUAGUUUUAAGAUACGGGUGGUGUUGUUAUUAUAAUUAUUAUUAUUAUAGCUGCGUAUUAUGAUUAUUGCUUUAGCAAGGAAACUUAGCGGGACCAAAGAAAAUUACAUUACGCCAAAACUGUGGAGUUCUGUUCGCAGAUCACUUCGAUUUGUAUUUGAAUUGUCUUUUAUUUUGUAUGAAAGGGCAGGCAGUUUAUUUAUUUGUAUUCGUUGUAUUUAUUAUUUUUAAAAGCAGGAUAGAUUCACUAGAAGCGAAGUUUGUUGUUCGACCCACACGCAUCUCCUUUAGGAAUUAUUCCUUUCAUUCCCAGUCGAGCAUUUCAAAAAGAAAAACGGAGGCAAAUUAUUACCCGAGUUCAACAGUUUCAUUUCAAGCACGCGUUGUUGUACUUUGAGAGGGAGAGGGAGGAGGAAGAGAGAGAGAGGGAGGAGA